AAUUAAAAUGAAAAAAGGGCUAUUCAAAACCCUAGUCAUGCGCUCCUCAACUGGUAUUUAAACAAUGCAAUCUUUGUUUCCGUUGAUAUCGAUCAAAAACCCUCCCAAACCCCUGAACCAUUCUCUCUCACUCUCAGAGCCAAAAAAAUAGAAAGAAAAAAAAAAAAAAAACAAAAACAAAAAAAGGAAAAAGAAAGAAAAAGAAAAAACAAAAAUGCCGCUUGGAGAAAGGCCGGGUGACAAAAGCGAAUCUCGCUACUGCGGUGUUGAAACAGAGUUCGACGAUGAUAUUCCUAACCUCUUGACUUCCAAUCUCUCUUUCGGUGCAUUCGAUUUCGUCGUCGCUCCUAUGAUGGAUCCUUCUUAUCGGCCAAGCUUAGUACAUAAAAACAGCAGCGGAUCUGUUGCUUUGCCAUUUGCUGGGUCAGACUUGGUUUUGAGCCCUUCUCAAUGGAGCAGACAUGUUGUAGGAAAGAUUAGCUCGUGGAUUGACUUGGAUUCAGAAGAUGAAAUUCUUCGGGCUGAUUCUGAAACUACUUUGAAGCAAGAGAUUUCAUGGGCUUCUCAUCUCUCCUUGCAGGCAUGCCUUCUUCCUGCUCCUAAGGGAAAGUCCUGUGGAAAUUAUGCUAGAUGUGUUAAUCAGAUCUUACAGAACCUAAACAAUAUGCAGUUGUGGCUUAGGAUUCCAUUGGUGAAGUCUGAGGAUGACAGCAUGGAUGUAAACUCUGAUAAUUUGAUUGACUCUUGGGAGAUUUGGAAUUCAUUCCGGUUACUUUGUGAACAUCACAGUCAUUUAUCAAUUGCCCUUGACAUUCUGACUUCACUACCAUCCGCAAACUCACUUGGACGUUGGUUUGGGGAGUCUGUUAGAGCAGCCAUAAUUAAUACUGAUGCCUUUCUAACAAAUGCACGGGGUUAUCCAUGCUUGUCCAAGCGGCAUCAGAAACUAAUUACUGGUUUUUUCAAUCAUUCUGUACAGAUUGUAAUAUCAGGAAAACUCGUACACAGGCUUCCCAAGGGAAACACAGCUGUAGCAUCUAAUUCUGAUGGCAAUAAUGUUGAUGGUGGGCAGGGACAUCCCUUGAGGCCAUAUUUGGAUUACAUUGCUUAUCUCUAUCAACGGAUGGAUCCUCUUCCUGAGCAAGAACGUUUUGAGCUUGGUUACAGGGACUUUUUGCAGUCACCCUUACAGCCUCUCAUGGAUAAUCUAGAGGCUCAAACCUACGAGACAUUUGAGAAGGACACAGUGAAAUACAUUCAGUACCAAAGAGCAGUUUGUAAAGCUUUACUGGACAAAGUUCCAGAGAAAGAGGCGUUGACAACAACUACUGUAUUGAUGGUUGUAGGAGCAGGACGUGGACCUCUUGUCAGGGCAUCAUUACAGGCAGCUGAAGAAACAGGGCGCAAGCUUAGAGUCUAUGCUGUUGAGAAAAAUCCAAAUGCUGUGGUUACCCUUCAUGGCUUGGUUAAACUAGAGGGGUGGGAAAACAUUGUUACUAUAAUUUCCUGUGAUAUGCGUCAUUGGGAUGCUCCAGAGAAAGCUGACAUUUUGGUUAGUGAAUUGUUGGGUUCUUUUGGUGACAAUGAGCUGUCUCCAGAAUGUCUUGAUGGAGCCCAGAGAUUUCUGAAGCAAGAUGGAAUCUCCAUACCGUCGUCGUACACAAGUUUCAUCCAACCAGUGACAGCUUCAAAGCUGUACAAUGACGUUAAGUCGCAUAAAGAUGUUGUACACUUUGAAACUGCAUAUGUUGUCAAACUACACAAUGUUGCAAGGCUUGCCCCUACUCAACCUGUAUUCACAUUUACUCAUCCAAACCACUCAACUGAGAGAAGCAAUGACCGGCACAAGAAGCUGCGGUUUGAAAUGCCUAAUGAUACUGGGUCAGCAAUGGUUCAUGGAUUUGCUGGCUAUUUUGAUGCAACAUUGUAUAAAGACAUACAUCUUGGAAUUGAACCAUCAACAGCAACACCAAACAUGUUCAGUUGGUUUGCAAUAUUUUUCCCGCUAAGGACACCAAUCUGUUUGCAUCCUGGUUCUUCUCUUGAAGUACAUUUUUGGCGUUGUUCUGGUCCUACUAAGGUUUGGUACGAGUGGGGUGUAACAUCGCCCACCGCAUCGCCCAUUCACAACAGCAACGGACGCUCGUAUUGGGUUGGCCUCUAGUUAAUUUUACACGGUUGGGUCGUCUGAAAAUGGGAGAAAAUGAUAUCAUGCAUUCCCUUAUGCAAGAAAGACGUUUUAAUUUAUGAUCUUCCUAGCAAAUCCAUUACACAUGAUAGUUCUCUUCCCCACAGGGCCACAAGUGAUGUUGGUGAAUAGUUGUGGUGGUCCAGAGAGCUCGGUAAACUGUACCUAGUCGUGUGCUUUUACAAUGUCAACCAAUAGUGAUGAUGUAUUUUAAAAUGUUGAAAGAUCAUUUUUCUGCUUUUUUGUAGCCAUAAAAUGAAAUUUUUGACACGGGAUUUUGUACUUGCAUUUACCACAGAAAAGGGUUAAAAUGACCUCAGUUUUUUGUCAA